AUGGCUACCCAGAAUCCCCCAGUGCCACAAGAGAAGCUCGGUGUCCCAUCUCGAAACCCUCUACCUCUAUCUGCGUCGCAAGAAGCACAAGUCCGAGAUAUCUUUUACCAAAAAGUCCGAAAGGAAUGCGCCGAUGAGAUUAAAGCGUUCGCUGCAUGCGCUCUCGGCCGAACAUUCACAGUCUCCUUCGCCUGCCGCGCCGAACACCGCGUAAUGAAUAACUGCAUGAAACUCCACGCCACACAAGACGUACACGAUGAAGCACGUGAGGAGUGGUUUGCCCUAAGGAUAGAGCGCCAGAGGGAGAGGGAGCGUAAAGCCAGAGUUGCGCAGGCACAGGAGGACUUUAUGCGUGAGUGGUGGGGGUUGCCAGAGCAUGUGAGGUUGUCGAGACAGAAGGAGAUGGAGCAGAGAGGGGAGAGGGUACAUGGACUUACAGCGAAGGAUCGACCAAGGAAUUGA